ACGCUACUAUAAAGAAACCGAUGGUCUGAAACUUGAUGUUGGAGCAUAUAUGAAGGCAUUAGAGUAUGCUUGUGAUGUUCAAGCUGAAGUAGUGGGAAAACCAGCAAAAAUGUUUUUUGAGUCGGCCUUAGCAGAAAUGGGAGUUCCAGCACAACAGGCCCUCAUGAUUGGAGAUGAUAUUGUGAAUGAUGUCGGAGGUGCUCAGCGGUGCGGUAUGAGAGCUCUGCAAGUGCGGACAGGGAAGUACAGGCCUUGCGAUGAAAACCACCCCCACGUGAAGCCCGAUGCGUACGUGAACAACCUCGCCGAAGCGGUUGACAUUAUCCUCCAGCAGCUGUAA